AAUAUUAAGUACUAGCAAAACGCCGAAUCGAACAUUUUUUUUUGUUAUUUUUAUAUUUGCGAAUAAUAUUAACUAAAUGUUAUAUUAAAACCAGGACCAAGUGAUUCGAAAAGAGCAAACCAAACGAUUUAACAUAAUUUGAAGGGCAGCGGCAAGUGGAAGCGUUGGUGAGUUGUGUGCGAAAAACUAAGAAAGAGCGACGGAGAGAAGUAUUGGAGAAAUCGUCAUUGAUCAGCAUCAUCAAUCAGCAUGAGGACAGUUUUAAUGGUAGCGGAGAAGCCUUCUUUGGCAGCCUCACUGGCCAACAUACUCUCGAAUGGACGGUGUACAGCCAAGAGGGGUACCAACAAUGGUUGUUCCACCCAUGAAUGGACCGGCAAUUUCCGUAACGAGGGAUCUGUACACUUUCGCAUGACCUCCGUUUGUGGUCAUGUGAUGUCUUUGGAUUUCAUAAGCAAAUAUAAUUCAUGGGAUAAGGUCGAUCCGGUUGAAUUGUUUGGUUGUCCCACCGAGAAGAAAGAGACAAAUCCCAAACAGCAUAUGCGUACAUUUCUAGCCCAUGAGGCACGCGGUUGUGAUUAUUUGGUCCUUUGGCUCGAUUGCGAUAAAGAGGGCGAAAAUAUUUGCUUCGAGGUUAUGGAUGCAGUGCAGCAUGUCAUACGGAAUGUGUAUACACCCCAGGUUACAUAUCGUGCCCAUUUCUCGGCCAUUACCGAAAAAGAUAUUAAAGGAGCCAUGGAAAAACUUGGAUUCCCCAAUGAGAAUGAAGCAAAAUCUGUGGAUGCUCGUCAGGAAUUAGAUUUACGCAUUGGCUGUGCCUUUACGCGAUUCCAAACGAAAUUCUUUCAGGAUCGUUACGGUGAUUUGGAUUCAUCGCUCAUCUCGUAUGGUCCUUGUCAAACGCCCACGUUGGGUUUCUGUGUCAAACGACACGAUGACAUACAGACAUUUAAGCCCGAAAGUUUUUGGUAUCUACAAUUGUUGGCCGGCCAGCCGGAAUUUACACUGGAAUGGGCCAGAGUGCGUGUCUUUAAGAAGGAUAUAGCCAUAAUGCUGAUGCAGAAAGUUAAAGAGCAAAAAGAGGCCAUGGUGGAAAGUGUUACCAGCAAAGAGACGUUCAAGAGCAAACCGCAGGCCUUAAAUACCGUGGAGCUUAUGAGAAUUUGCAGUUCCGGCCUGGGAAUUGGACCUUUUCAGGCUAUGCAAAUAGCCGAACGUCUGUAUACGCAGGGCUUUAUCAGUUAUCCACGUACCGAGACCAAUCAGUAUCCAGCCAAUUUCGAUUUGCCUGCUGUCGUUCGUGUGCUGCAACCGUCAAAUGAAUUUGGUGAUGAUGCCCGUGAAAUAGCCACCGAUAUGCAAACUCCACGCAAGGGUAAAGAUGCUGGCGAUCAUCCACCGAUUACACCAAUGAAAUUAGCUCAACGCGGAGAAUUCGAUCGGGACACCUGGCGUGUCUAUGAGUUCAUUUGUCGACAUUUUCUGGGCACUGUGUCGAGGGAUUUGAAAUAUCGUGUUACGACAGCCAAACUGAAAGUUGGUCUGGAAUGUUUUUCAUGUUCGGCCAAUGUCCUAAUGGAUGCCGGCUUCACCAAGGUAAUGACCUGGCAGGCCUUUGGUCGUGAUGAGGCCAUUCCACCCUUUGUCCAGGGCACAAAAGUGGCCAUUAAUGAUGUUCGUUUAGCUGAGAGUCAAACUGGUCCACCGGAUUAUCUAACAGAAGCGGAAUUGAUAACCCUAAUGGAACAGCAUGGCAUUGGCACAGAUGCCUCAAUUCCGGUCCAUAUUAAUAACAUUUGUCAGCGUAAUUAUGUGCGCAUAGAGAAUGGCAGAAAACUGAUACCCACCACAUUGGGUAUUGUUCUGGUGCAUGGUUAUCAGAAAAUAGAUCCGGAAUUAGUUUUGCCCACCAUGAGAUCGGAAGUCGAACGCAUGUUAACACUUAUUGCCAAAGGAUCGGCCAAUUUCAACGAUGUUUUGCGUCAUGCCAUACAAAUAUUUAAAUUGAAAUUCAUGUAUUUCGUUAAGAAUAUUGCGAAUAUGGAUGCUCUAUUUGAGGUCUCAUUUUCGCCACUUGCCGAAUCCGGCAAGGCGCAUUCUCGAUGUGGCAAAUGUAGGCGAUAUAUGAAAUAUAUUCAGACAAAACCGGCUCGUCUUCAUUGUUCGCACUGCGACGAAACUUAUGCCCUACCCAAUGGCAAUGUAAAGGUUUAUCGUGAAUUCAAAUGCCCAUUGGAUGACUUUGAUCUUUUAGCCUUCUCCACGGGCGUUAAGGGGCGUUCGUAUCCGUUUUGCCCAUAUUGCUACAAUCAUCCGCCAUUUAGUGAUAUGCCCUAUUUGGGUGGCUGUAAUACAUGCACACAUGCCACCUGCCCCCACUCUCUCAACAGCCUGGGCAUAUCCGGUUGUGUAGAGUGUCCCACGGGUGUUUUGGUUCUCGAUAGUACAUUGGCCCCAUCCUGGAAAUUGGGUUGUAAUCGUUGCGAUGUCAUAAUCAAUUGUUUUAAGGGAGCUACAAAAAUUAGUGUAGAUGAAACCAAAUGCACGGACUGUGGUGCCCAAUUGGUGAGUGUUGUCUACAAAUCGGAUAAAUCGAAAUUCAAAGAUGGAAGCGAAGAGAAAACUGGAUGCAUUUUCUGCUCCACGGACUUUAUGCAUCUAGUGGAAAAGCAUCGAGCGGUUGCCUCCCGACCAGUACGCAGUGGCGGUGGUUCACGUGGCGGCAAGGCUGGACGAGGUGGUGGCCCCGGUGGUGUUGCUGCAGCUGGUCCGAAUGCUACUAAUGCAUCGGGCACCGUCGGGGGUGGCGGCGGCGGCGGUGGUGGAGGUGGCAAUUCCAGGGGAGGACGCGGUGGCAGACAGCCCAAGGACAAAAUGGCACAGUUGGCGGCGUAUUUCGUUUGAUUCAUUGUUGUGCCAGAUAUUUGCAUUUAUAUCGUCAAGACGCGUAGGCAAAUCGAAAUAAACGAAAUGAAAUUCAAUUUGUA